AAUUUUAUUAAAUAAAAUUAAAAACUGACGACUUGUACUAAUAUCUUUCUCUCCUAAGCCACAUAUUCUUAUAAACACGAUUCCUGCCAAUCUCAAGAAGUUCGAUUUUCUUUUCACUUUUGACACAAAUGUUAGCCACUUGUCGUUACAUUUUAUGAAAUAAUAUAAAAAUCUAACGAUUUGUUGCACUUCUUCCAACAUCCUGAUCUUGAUAUGAGAAUAAGAUACAUUACCGAACAGACGUUAAAAUUCGAAGAAAACGGUCGUGGUGCUACCAUCUGACAAUAUUCAAGAGGAAUUAGAUUUGAUGCCGCUAACGCGUGUUUACGUGUUGAAUAAUAUCUCGCAACUUCAAUGACAGUUCUCGUUAUUGCGGAAUUUGUUCUAAACGUUUUAGAAAUGUACUUAAUGUAAUUGAAAGUAGUGAUAUAGAAAUCAUUAAAAUGUAGUUUGAAAAUGUUGUAUUCCCUUGUUUCCCAGCGUCAUUAUUUAUCAUUCACAUAUUUAAUUAAUACACGUGAAGUGAACGUCUCAUUUAAUUAUCGUAAUAAUGGAGCAUGACCAUGAGGACCAAGAUAUUGAUAAUGAUAAUGAAACCGUCAACGACAUUGUCGACGAAAAUUUAUCCGAGAAGGUCUUGUCUGUAAGAAGUGAAGAUAGUAUUUUUUGUGAGGCAUCGAAGGAAAUUGAAGAGCUUGUGAAGGCAAAUGCCCAAAGUAAAAGUAAUCCAAAUAAACAAAGUACUGGUACACUAAAUGAUGCCAACGACUGUUCAAGUCAGCAAGAAAUAGAGAAACAGGUUUCAACUGGAGAGAUUACUCCAUUCCAAGCAAUUGAACAAAAGACUGAUUCAUUAAGAACCACAGGGACAUUUAAUAAAACUUCUCAUUUACUCGAUCUAGAAAAAUAUCUUAAGCAGCAAGCUGAACUAGCUAAACAAAGGAAGCAAUUAAAAGACUCCUCUAAGGCAGCUAAACAUCAUAAUGAUCAUACAACUUCAAUUAAGAAGGCAAAAUUGCCUAAAGAAUAUAAACCAAUAGAGAAAACAAAACCUAAAGCUAGUAAAAGAAAAACAGUCUUAGGACAUGAAGCGCUAAAAAAUAAAGAUGAAACAGGAGAUGCAAAACUUGAUGAAGUUGAUAAUUUGAAUGCUCAGACAAGACAUACGAGAAGUACAUUAAAUGUUUGCGAUAGCGCCAAAGACAAUACUAAAGGACUGUUAAUCGAAACUAUUAAGUCUGCAAAUGCAGGAAGUGACUCGGGGAGUGAAUACGCACCAAGUGAUGAAGAAAAUGAUUCUGAAGAAGAAGGACCAGCAGCUAAAAAAAGAAAAUAUUCUACAAAAUUCGUUCAUACAAAUCGAGUUUUGGAUGAUGGAGAUGAAGCAAUGUAUAGACAAAGAGUGGAAGAACAUGGUUUUCCUAAGGACGAAUUAUACCAUAAAAUAGAUAAUUUAUUUAAAGUUCCACAGUCUAUAUGGAAAAGGCUAUAUAAGUACCAAAAAGUCUCGGUACAAUGGUUAUGGGAGCUCCAUUCUCGCAGCUUAGGUGGAUUGCUCGGGGAUGAAAUGGGAUUAGGAAAAACCGUACAAGUGAUUGCCUUUCUUGCUGGUUUAGAUUCUAGCGAAUUACUGUCCGACGGCGGAAGAUUCAGAGGAUUAGGACCUACUAUGAUUGUUUGUCCAGCUACGCUUAUGGAACAGUGGGUAAAGCAUUUUCACGAAUGGUGGCCUGUUCUAAGAGUGGUCGUUUUACAUCAAUCAGGAACUUAUAACGGGGAUUUAGAAUAUUUGAUGCACUCUUUGAAAUCCGGCGGCGUACUAGUUACAUCUUAUACAAGUAUGCUCAAACAUAAAGAUUUACUCGUAGCCAGUCAAUGGCACUACGUUAUACUCGACGAGGGUCAUAAAAUAAGAAAUCCACAAACAAAGAUUAGCAAAGCGGUAAAGGAAUUUUCAACACCGCAUCGAUUGCUGUUAACGGGUAGCCCUAUGCAAAAUUCAUUAAAAGAGUUAUGGUCCCUAUUUGAUUUCAUUCUACCCGGGAAAUUAGGCACUCUACCCGCGUUCCUAGAACAUUGCGCGGGCCCUAUAACUCGAGGCGGAUACGCAAAUGCUACUCCUUUGCAAGAAGCCACUGCGCUUCAGGUUGCUACGAUGCUUAGAGACGCUAUCACACCGUACAUGCUUAGGAGAACAAAAAACGAUGUCCAACAUCACGUCAGUUUACCAGAAAAGAACGAGCAGGUGUUGUUCUGCAGUCUAACAGAAGAACAAAAGGAACUGUAUAAAAGAUAUUUAUGUUCCGGGGAAGUUAGUUAUAUACUGCAAGAGAGAAAUCCUAUGGAGAGUGGAAGAUACAGAGCUCGUCUUUUAAUCGCGUUAUCGGCACUCAGAAAAAUAUGCAAUCAUCCCGAUUUGUUUCUCUAUACGAAUCCAGUUGAUUCCGAUGAGGAUAUCGACGUAUCGGAAGAAACGUUAGAAAAAUUUGGCUUUUGGAAACGUUCCGGAAAGAUGACAGUAGUUCGAUCGCUUCUGAAAAUUUGGAAGAAACAAGGGCAUAAAGUCUUACUCUUUACCCAGGGAAGACAAAUGAUGCACGUCCUGGAAUCGCUUCUACAAAGCGAGGAAUAUACUUAUUUGAGAAUGGAUGGAACUACGCCGAUGUCUCAACGACAAGAAACUAUCCGGUUGUUCAACACGAGUCCAUCAUAUUUCGUUUUUCUACUCACUACUCGAGUCGGUGGAUUGGGAGUAAAUUUAACCGGAGCGAAUCGGGUGAUUAUUUACGAUCCAGAUUGGAAUCCAGCAACUGACGCUCAAGCGAGAGAACGUGCGUGGAGAAUUGGGCAAAAUAAAAGAGUUACUAUUUAUCGACUUAUUACUGCAGGAACUAUCGAAGAAAAGAUGUACCAUAGACAAGUAUUUAAAUUGCUUCUUUCAAACAAAGUUUUGGAAGAUCCGAAUCAGCGCAGACUCUUUAAAACAAAUGAUCUAGUUGAACUUUUUAAUUUAAAUGAGCCCAUUGACGGACAUUCCAGCGAGUCAGAUCGACUAUUUCGGGAUUCUAAAUUAAUCCCAUCAACAACCAGAUUUUCAUCGAAUAAAAUUGAGAAAAUGCGGAAGUUAGCUGCUAGUCUUAGCAGAAGUAUAAGUCAAAAUUCUGUUACACAAGCAGCCGACGUUUCAGAGAAUUAUUCUACAGACAAUAAUAACGACAAGUUGGGCAUAGAAAAGACUAAUGAGAUAUCUGAAGAUUUGGUAAAGCAAACGGAAAACGAUCCUUCUAAAAAGGAUGAGACUGCACCUCUUACUGAGCAAAGCGUCGCGAUUGCAGACAAAUUUUCUGCAAUCGAGCCUUCGGAUAAAAGUAAUGACACGUGCAUCGAGAAAAAUACUGAAAUAAUUUCAAGCGACGCAAAAAAAAAUAAAGCACAGCAUAAACACAAACGAAAUAGAAAGAGUUCAAAAUCAGAGAAGCAUACUGUUUCAGCUAUUUUCGAGGGUGAACGUAUCUCACAUUUAAUUGGUCGACGUCUGGGGAGCUCUCAAUCUAAAGAAGCUAAAUGUGUUGAAGAUGAUCAAUAUGUUUUAGAAAAAUUGUUCGCUAAAGCGAGCGUGACUUCCGCUUUUCAACACGACUCAGUAUUAUCAAAUUCGGGGUAUAAUUCGGAUGAUAAGAAUCCGAUGCAGCGCUUAGCGCGUGAAACUGCGCAAGAGAAUAUGGAUAAUAUACGCAAGUCUCGCAAAUGGUGUUGGAAACCUACGUGGGAUCCUGAGUAAACCGAUUAAUUUCUUUGCAUAUGGUUUACGUUAAUUAAAUAACUCGAGAUAUCCCUGACGAAAAAGAUCUCCAAUUUGUACAAUUGUACAGUACGUACAUUAUUAAACACAUUGUUAAAAACAA